AGGAAGCUGCUUUGCAUAGCUAAAAUGUUUUUGUCAUUAACCCAGAAACUGAAGUAGGAAAGCAACCCUUUGGCAGAGCCCCUCUAAGAAGGGGAGGGGGUUGCCUAGCUGACCAAGGAGACUUUGGAGAUGUCAAAGGGCCCAAACCCAGCAGUUUCUCUGCUCUGUGACCAUCCAAUCAGUGCAGGAGCUGAGAAAACUGAGUAUAACUUUGAUAAUGUUAUGAUAUCUCAGGUAGACCUAAAGUAAUUUAUGAAGAGGGGGACAUAGGACAGCAAAUUUUGGAGAUGCUACAGAAUAGCCAAAAAGACCUGUGGUAGAAAUCUCAAGAAGUGAUUCAGAGUCCUGCAGAAAAGGAAAAAAAAAAAAAAAAUCAGAACCAUUUCCCUUUAAAUGGGAAAGCUAAUCCAGAAAAGGGAUGAUAUUUACCCACAUCACCCAACUAGUCAGCAGUUAGAGCCUUAAACUACACUAAGGAGUGGAGGGGUCCAUAAGAAAGAUGGCUGGAUUCUCCUUAAAUGAGACCAGUUCGUCUCAGAAGAGUGGGAGAAGGGUGGGCACUUGAGAAUGAGCCACUGGGGAUUCUGAGCACCAGGGGCUUGUCAGGGGGUGUGGGCUUCUCAGUGCUGAGCUGUGGCCCUUCUUCCACUAGGAGGUGGGGCUGUAGGAAGAGAGUGGACCUUCUGAGCUGUGUUUUUCCUCCAGGGGCUGAGCUGGAAGACAGUAGCAAAAACAUGAAGAAGUUGGAUGCUAUGACCCUCAUUAAAGAAGAUAUGUCCAUAUUUGGGCACUGCCCUGCCCAUGAUGACUUCUAUUUGGUUGUGUGUAACCACUGCAGCCAGGUGGUGAAGCCUCAAGCUUUCCAGAAGCACUGUGAAAGAAGACAUGGGCCCCUCAGCAAGCUUUAUGCCCGGGUCCCACCCCCACCUCCAGCCCCUGCCAGCUCUCAGAAAUGCCAUGUAGUGAAUGGGCAGGGCCCAGCUUGUAGAGCCCCAGGUUCCACCAAAACCUCCUCCAGGGAGAAGGGCCAGGGGUCCCGGAGCCGUGGCCAUCAGCCUCCAGAGAAGACCCAGAAGGACAACCUCUGCCUUUUCGUGCCUGUGGUGAAUCUGGAGAAGAUGUCCAGUCUCCCGAAGCCCGAUGGACAUGGAAUCAGGGUGGCCCCACCCUCUGCUUUCCUCAGCCAGCCAGGCGGCCUCCCCAAGGACUCCCCUGGAAAAGCCCCCAUGGCUCUCCCUUCUAAAGAACCUCCUGGCAGAGAGAGCAGUGAGAUAAUCCCCAGUGAGGGUUCCAGCCACCGGGCCGAAAGCAGCCCCCCGGAGAAGGAGCCCAGUGGGACCAGGCUGCCCCCCAAAACCCACCGGAAGAUGGCUCGGAAGGAGUGUGACCUCAACAGGCAGUGCGGAGUCAUAAAUCCAGAGACCAAAAAGAUCUGUACACGCCUGCUGACCUGCAAGAUCCACUCGGUGCACCAGCGCCGAGAGGUCCAGGGCCGGUCCAAGGAUUUUGACGUGCUAGUGGCAGAGCUGAAGGCCAAUUCCCGCAAAGGGGAAUGUCCCAAGGAGAAGAGCCCAGGGCGCAAGGAGGCGGCGCCCUCCCAGGAACCUCCUUCCUCAAUCCAGGUUGUGGCAGCAGCAGCCGCACCUAGCAGCACCUUUUCUGCUCGUGCCAAGCAGACCUACCCAUACUGUGCAUUUCCCAGGUCCCGGGCCUCUUCUGAGAGUGAAUUGGAUGAAGAAGGCCCCUAUGGUGGUGAUGGGGACCCAGGUCUGUUUCCUUUCCCCCUACCCCGGGGUGGGGCCCAGGCCUCCAGCGAGGAAAGUGAGGAGGAGGGGACAUCCGAGGACCUUCACCUCCCUCCUGACUGCCAUUAUGCAACCCGGCCUCCACGCCCACAGGCGUUCUGCACCUUUGGGAGCCGGCUAGUGAGCCCAGGAUGCUAUGUGUUUAGCCGCCGGCUGGACCGGUUCUGCUCGGCACUCAGCUCUAUGCUGGAGCGGCACCUCAGUUCACACAUGUGGAAGAAGAUCCCACCAGCUGAACCUCCAUCGCACCUUGUCAGUUCCUCCUUAUCUGCUCCCCUGAGCCCACCCACUAUGGGCAGCUGCCCCCGACUUCCAGGCCCACCCCCCAGACCUGCCUGCCCAGCCUCUACGCCUCCCAUCAAGGACAGCCUGGUCCCUAGCUACCCUGCAGGCUCUCCUAGUGUAGCAGCUGCCUGCAGCCAGGCUGAGUGCAUGGGCGGCACCCAGGCCAUCACCUCACCUCUACCCGCCAACACACCAUCUCCAUCCUUCAGCAAGCUGCCACCUUCCAAGGCCAGCAAGUUGUCCAAAGGCAAGGAUGGGGCAGAGGUGGAGGCUCCUUCUCGAAAGCGGAAGUUAUCCCCAGGCCCUACCACUUUCAAACGGACUUGCAUUCUGGAACCCACUGGAAAAGGCAAACCCUCUGGCUGCCGGGGUCUCUCAGCCAAGACUAAAACAGCUCUGAGCAUGGGGCUUAAUGGGACAGUGGGGCCAAGGGUAAAGAGAACAGGGCCCCUGGACUGUCGGGGUUCCCCACAUCCACCUCCCACACCGGUCAAGGCUCAGCUGGAGAACCGGGAUGUCGUCAGUCACCCAGCCAAGGCCUUGCCAACCAACUGCCUCUCUGAGGAGGAAGUAGCCAAGAAGAGGAAAAAUCUGGCCACUUACUGCCGGCCAGUGAAGGCCAAGCAUUGUCAGGCUGGUGUCCCUGCUGAUACAGCCUGCUCUAUGCGCCGCAAGAAGCCAGGCCCAGCCCUGGCCUUUGAGGAGAAGUGCUCUACACUGAAGGACCACUUCUUUCUGAAUUGGCUAUGGCCCUCACCCCAGGACCUAGAACUACUUCCAACAUCCAACAGGAAGGAAGUUUGAGUCUCUGACCUGUAGCUCAACAUACUGAGCAACUGAUUCUGUUCCUUGGUGGCUCUUCUGGGCAUCGGGGCAUUGAAGAGCAGAUGGACAAGACAAGGCCCACUUAGG